UAGGGUGUGGGUAUUUCAAGUUAUCUCGCUUUGGGGUUCUUGAAUCGGUUUUAAUCUGAUAAGCAUUUGUGGAGUCUGUUGGUUUGGUGAAAUAUGACUAAUGUCGUGCUCAAAAAUCGAGUCUUUGCUCAAACUUUUCCUGGUGUUACAAGCUGUGAGAAGUGGUGGAAUACUCAAUUUUGGUAGCAAAAAAUUUAGAGCAGUAUGCGGUGGUUGAGUCUAUCGGUGGAUGUUUACCGCAGACUGAUUUCUUUGAACUUGUAUUGUAGGGUGAUUCUGUAAAUCAUGUCUUCUUCCUCUGUUUUUUUUGUUUUUCCAUUUAGCAUGUCAGGUAUUAAAAUUCCCUUUCCUUGAAAAGCUCUCUUGAAUUAGUUCUAGUUUACUUGUUUAGGCAUCAAAGGCCUCUUUCAUUUGAGAUACCAAGCGCCCCAAGGUUUUCUUGCGCUCCUCCUCCAUCUUACCUACUAAAUCUUUGUGUUCCUUUCCUUUUGAUUUCUCCGUGCUUUCAAUUGAUUUCCUGGUGGUCUGGUUCGUUUUUAGAGGAGAGAAUUGUAGGAAUGGUGUGUCAAGCAGCAACAAGAACCGCAUUCCGAGCUUUAAAACAUGAGAAUGGAAUUUCUGGUAGCACCACGAUAAUCAUUAGGGUCAUUGCUUGCUUCCAGCCAUUGCAAGAUUGCCAGGCUGAAUACUUCCGCCACCUCCUGAAGCCUGUCACGUAAAUUAUCCUCUCGAUUUGCAGUUCAUCUUCAAUCAAAAGAUCUUAGUUUUUUUUGUCUUCUUGUUUUGGUAGGCUUCUGGGAAUAAUUUUGCAUUACCAUUUGCGUGAGGUGAUUGAUUUGGGCAUUUGUUGAUGGAACAAGAAAAUAAUCCCCAGAUUAAUUCGCAGUCUACACUUUGGCAAUUUAGUAGCAUGAUCUCUGCUGGAAAUAAUACACAAUUUGUUACCAGGCCUCAGAACUCCAUUUCAAUGCUCUCCACUGCGUGUGUUAAUCCAUCUACUAGUCGCUUUCCACUAACUUAUUCAAUACCUUUCCCUGGUUUCUACACCGAUACUUAUUUCCCGAAGACCUCACCUUUGAUUCCUCCUCUGAUCUCAUCUCACAGGGCUCCUGAAUUGUUUAGCUCAGAUAAAAGAUACUUGGUUUCUGAUCAGCUAGUAGAUGGAAGGAGCUUCAUCUUAAGCUCAGUUAGUGUCCCCACUCCGUGCAUCAACUCUGUGAACCGAGGUUUCAAUCUUCAGGGAAAUACUGAAACUAGUGCAUCCAAUGGACAUGGAGUUGAUGAGAUGCAUGAAGACACAGAGGAAAUUGAUGCACUGUUAUAUUCAGAUUCCGACUUCAACAAUGGCGAUGAAGAAACUAGCACAGGACACUCUCCAGCUGAGCCUGAGAUAGUGGAAAGGACCUUUUCUGAGGUAGCUAGCUCUGUUCCUCCAACAAAGAGGAGGAGAGUUGAUGUGGAUGAUGAAUUUGAUGCAUCACUCAUAGAUACUGCUAGCUCCCAAGUACUCCAUUGCCCUGAUAUACCUACAGAACACAGGAACAAAGAGGAUGAUAACAACACUGCAUCUAGCCGCUUUGAAGUAGUAGGUCCUGAUCAGAACGAAGAGAACAGGCAAUUCAAACGAGCUAAAAUUCAGGAAACACUUGGCAUACUGAGAAAGAUCAUCCCUGGAGGGAAUUGCAAGGAUGCGGUCACCGUCCUCGAUGAGGCCAUCAACUAUCUCAAAUCGCUUAAGCUGAAGGUCAAAUUGUUGGAAAGUUUUCCUUAGCAUCUAUUCUAGGAGUGCCUUCUUACUAAUAUCUCAGAUGAGUUUAUCGUAAUGACUGAAGAUCAAAACUCUGCUGGAGUUUUGGGUCUUGAUGGUGGGGAAUGGAGGAUAUGAUGGUCCAAUAAACCAUGACCAUACCUCAGUGUUUGUUUGUGCGAGGGGAGGAUUCCAAAUUGUCGCAAAGCUUCUUUUGACCAAAUGGAAAUGAUGGAUUAUGCUUCGAGUGCGCGUGUGGGAUGGGUCUACACUACAGAAAGCAGGCCUACGCGCACCUGUUAUAUAUGUCAUCGUGAUUCUGACUUUAUCUCGGUGAAUGGGCUUCUUUAGACAGUAGAAUAGAAACGCAGUGAAAGAAUGAAGUCUCGUCAGGCAGUGCAACUUUAAUGAUUUUCUGUGAGCUGUGGAGGAUAUGGGGAAGGCAGUCUCAUUCAUUAUCUACCUUCUUUGGGGUCAUUAUUUAGAAUAUUUUGAAGACGAAGGCAUUCGGGCUGGAUGAUGAGUGGACGAGACUUGUGGUCUCCACUGAUCGGUUCCUUUUUUCACAAGUAGUGGAUGUCGCUGUCCUGUUGGAAGGUCUGGUUCUGGUUCAGCUAGUUAUAGGGCAGAUUUCUGAGGAAUGACUUUAUGAGAGCGUGAUACCCGUGGAGCUCUCAUUGCUUCCUGUUAUCCUUCCCCUCCCUUCGUGGUCAUUGCCAACUAUGGUGGCAGAUAUUGUGUGUUCCUGCUAAGACUUCGUGUGUUCAUGCGACGGUUUGCGGCCAUUGUUUCUGACCAGGCUUAGUCAUCUUCGACCUGAGCCGCCGCCCCACGAGCCAUCUUCUUCGCAUUGACUUGCAGUUGGCAUCUCCCUGCAUGAAACAGAUGCGUUGGCCAGGCCUUCGAUAUGUUUAUUGUACGUGGGUGGCUAUGCCUGUGCUUUGUUGUAGAACUCAUGUCCUACUUUUUGCUGGUGCUUCCAGAGAUGUAAAAUAUUUUAUUUAUGUUUGAAUUUUAUAUUAAUUUAAAUACUUUUUUAAGGUAA